AUGGGAAACGCAGCAAGUGCAAUCAGGAGAAAUAAAUCAAUUGGUAGCGGAAUUGUUUCCAAACUUGAAAAUCCAUUCGAAAUUGCUUUUACCAAAAAAGAACGGAUUUGUUUGCGCGAAAGUUUUCAGAAAUUGAAAGAUCCAAAAGAAAUUAUUGGGAUUAUAUUUGUGAAAAUCGUAACCGAUAUUGCAACUGAACUGAAAAAGCCUUUUGGCGUUGAAAGAUCAUCCAAAGCAACAAUGCCAAAAACGCCGAAAUUAGGCGGACAUAUCGCAUGGUUUGCUGAUUGUCUUGACCAAUUGACAAAUAUGAUUGGUUAUACUGAAAAUCUACUUGGUGCUUGGCAAUUUGUUCGUAAAAUCGGUCGAGCGCAUUUUCGGCAAAUGUUUUUGAAGAUGCAUCAAAAUGAAGAAAAGAAUUAUUUUGCUAUUGUGGGCAAUACAUUCAUCGAUGAAUUCAUUCCCUAUCUAAGUGGUGAAAAAGAAGAACCAAAUCAAGAUAAGAAAAGAGUACGAUUUGCGUCCCCUUAUUCGAUAACAAUGAUAUCUGACGUAUGGCGAAGGUUCUUCACUAUUCUGGUGACACAAAUGACGGAGAGUUUUGAGGAGGAGCGGAAACAACAGAGUAAAAUAGUCAGUCAGAAAUCACUAUAUCAAUCUGGUACGAAGAGUGAACAGUUAGACUAA